AUGCAUCUUAUCUCUGUUGCCAUCGCCGCCCUCCUGACGACCGUCAGCGCCAUCCGAAUCACCAAGCCAGCCGCCGGUGACACCGUUAGCUGCAGCCAACCCAUCAGGUUUUGCUGGGAAGCUGUCGUAACGGACCCGCCGCAAUUCUGCCUCUUCCUCACCAACUUUAUUGAAUUCCCUCCGCAGAUCUUCGACCUCCGAACGCGCGUUAUAACUGAUGGUGGGGGUUGCAUAACAAUUAAUCCCCCAAAUUGUCCAGGCCCUCUUCGAACAACCCCCUAUCGCAUCCGGGCCACUGCGUGUGGCGAUCCCAACACUAUUUACGCCGAGUCUGGAGACUUCCGUCUCAUCCCCUAG